AUGAAUUAAUAAGCAAAUGUUAAGUAUGAGUUCGAAGACUUGAAAUAGAUAGUGAAGGAGGGUUGGAUGGAUAAGUAAUCGAGAUUCCUCAAGAAGUGGCAUAAACGCUGGGUCGUAUUAACUAAUUUCACUUUAUACACCUUCAAGAAGUAAUAACAAUACAAUAAUCCCACAGAAGUGAUUGAUCUCAAUCACAUUGUCUCAAUCAAAUAGGCAGAUGAUCAAGAAUUACAAAAAGUGAAUUCGAUUAGCAUCCAAACUCAUGAUUCCAUUUUUUAUUUAGUUGCCCAAGAUGAGUAAUAGUAAUAAUAGUGGAUCAACCUCAUAAGUAGUCAUAUGCUCAAAUUGCAGAAUAAAAUUAAAUUGUAAUAAUGA